CAUUUACUUUGUUUACACUUUAACCAUUGAAAGCUUGAAAACAGCUGUUCAACAAUUCAGUCGCAGACAUUUAUGAAUCGUUCCCUAUUUGACUAAGUAUGGCAAUAUAUCACCGAUAUUAUAAUAGAAUACUAUAAUUAUCAUUCAGUCGCCCUAAAUAUAAGUUUUGUUCUUUAAAAAUAAAAUAAUAGAAUGUGCAAUAAUUUUGCCAGAGUGGACAGUGCCCUUUUUUCAACAGUUUACCAACACUAAUUUUUAAUGGGCGUAAAAAUUCAUUGAUAAAAACAAAUUAACGAAAUUUCUUGAUUCGGGGGAGGGCUAAGGACCAAGAAAACGCGGAGCAUGUCGGGACUUAAGGCGCCUUCGCUGCAAUCGCUGCUAGAAUCGGAGCGGGGCUCCACGGACAGCUUGCUGGCCGAAUCACUGCAGCUGGACUUUGAGGAUCUGGACGAUGCGGAGUUUGCCAUACCGCCCACUGAUGUGCUGCCCACGUUGGAGUCGGUGCUCAGCGAAUUCGAGGCGGACUCGGAUGUGGCCUCCGAGCUGGGAAUGCCGGUUCACCAUGCCACUCCCACGCCCUCCAUAGGCGACGAUGCCACGAUUAGGACAGAUGGCCGCGGCGGUGGUGGCUCCAUCAUGCGAUAUACCUUGCUCCAUGGAAUCUCCGCGCAGCUGUCCUCCGCCGCCGAUCGUGUGAACUCCGGGACGGCAAGUUCCUGCGCCGUGGCCGCCUUCAUAGCCGUGGGUACCUCCCAUGGCCACAUCCUCAACUUUGAUGUCACACAAACACUGCGCUGGGCCCACCAGGACAAGCAUGGCCAAGGUGCUGUGGCCAGCAUGGCCUUCAAUGCGGAUUCAACGCGACUUUUGGCCGGUUACUCCAGGGGAUUGGUCAUCAUGCUGGACACGCACACGGGCGAUGUGUUGCGGGAGCUGUUCGAUGUGAUAACCCCGAAUACGGGUGUGCUGCACGUGAAGUGGACCUCCCGCUCCUCGCUGGCUCUCUGUGCCGACGCCGGAGGCUCUGUUUGGUCGCUGAGUUUCACCCGGAAAUUGGGCAUUCGUGGCUGCAGCUCACGUUGCCUGUUCUCCGGUGCUCGUGGUGAGGUCUGCGCCGUGGAGCCUCUCAUAAUGGAUGCCAAUGGACGCCACGAACUGGAUCAGUACUGCAUAGUGGCCCUGGCCACGCUCUCCAAGUACUUUAUCGUCACGGUGCGGCCUAGAUUGCGUGUAAUCAAGUACCAUGCGCUUCAGGGACCCCCGGAUUGCCUGCCCCUGCUUGCCUGGCACUUGGUGUUGAUCCAAGCGGCGGAUACCACACGCUCGGUGGAUCCUGUGAUUGUCGUCGGCAGGGGUAACCAGCUGUUCUUCCAUCAACUCUUUGUUUCGAAUGGAAGGAUCACUUUGCUGUACCUGCGUCAUGUCCAGCUGCAGGGAAACCUGCUGUCGGCCCACUGGCUGGGUCCCAAGUGCGUGGCUUCGUUGGAUACCUCGGAGAUCCUGCAUUUGGUGGAUGUGAGAUCAAGCAAGGAGCUGGAGUGCAUGGAUAUGGCAAAUGCCGGCUUGGUUUAUGGUUCGGCGCAGUUCAAGGGCCUGGCCACUGGUGGAAAUGUUUCGCCUGCCUUUGCCCUGGCGGGUUCAAAUGCCUGUUACAACUCGGUGAUGUCCAGGGGCACACAGCUGUAUGUUUUGGGUGCCAGAUCCCUGCAUAUCAUAGGGGUGAGGACCUGGUCGGAGAGGAUAAGCUACCUGGUUAAACACCAUCGCUGGCAAGAGGCCUGCCAACUGGCCCUUGAUGGCUACUUGGCCUCCGUGGAUCGCCCCCGUAAGCGUGCCCAGGCCAAGGAGCGCAUUAUUACGCUCUUCCAGGAGUAUAUAGCAAACUCUGCCCGGGCGCCCGACUACUGUCUCGGCUCCAUUGUCAAUUGCCUCAUCACCGUGGGUGAACUGGACCUGCUGUGGACACAGCUCUGGGAGAAGCUGCACAACACCAGCUCCGAGCUCUUUUUGCAACACAUUUCCGAGCACAUUGAGCGCGAGACCAUAAAGAGUGUGAAUCCUGUGAUCUCCCAGGCAUUGGUGGACUAUUGGCUGGAACACUCGCCGGCAAAGCUGGAGCAGCUCAUCCUCAAGCUGGAUUGGAUGUGUUUGGAUUUAAAUCAAGUCCUGAAGGCCGUGAAGAAGCAUCGCUUGUACCGUGCCCAAAUCUACCUCAACACACAGGCUCUGAAUGAUUAUACGGCGGCGCUGACGGAGCUGCUGCCCCUGGUGACGCCCGAGGAGACGGAUUUGGGUAACUGCCUGUUGGUCUACGUAUCCAGUUGCCUGGCGGGCAGGGGUUAUCCCAGUGGAGAGAUUCCCGUUGAGCAGGUGCAUCAGGUGAAGCACGAUGUCCUCAGAUGUUUGACUUCGCAGCAGGCCAAAGAGACAGCCGCUGGAGAUGAGUUACCAUAUCCUUACCUGCGAGCUCUCCUCAAGUUCGAUACAAGGGAAACGCUGAAUGUGAUCUCGCUGGCCUUCCAAGAGAAGGAGUUUAGCAACGAGCUCGGCCUGUCGCAUCGCAAAAGGAUCAUCAAUUUGCUGCUGGAGAUUAUGACGCCCGAGAAUGCCACAUGGGCGGAGAUUGGCUGCCUCCUGAACUUCAUAGCCCAGCAGAUCUCCAUGCAGUGUUUACCCCGAGAUAAGCAGCUCUUGAAGCGCGUGUUGAGUCACCUGGCGCAGGAAGAGAUCACAAACGAGAGCAGUCGCCAGCACUCGGAACGUGAGAAUGCCUGGCACGAGUUGCUCUCCUCAAAUUGCCUCGCCGAGAUCAGCAGCGAUGAGGAGCAGCUGCAUCUGGCGGAGCGGGCAAGAUGUUACUGCGUGGUGGAGUAUCUUCUUGAGAAGCUAGAACGCUACGAUACCAUCCUGGAUUGUUAUAUCCGCAACGAGGUCCGCCACGAGACCAUGUUUGCCUAUAUGGAGCGUUAUGUGGACACCCCGGAGAGAUGCAUUUAUGAGCAGUUGAAACGCCACCUCAGGAAACUCUUGGCUAUCAAUGACAAGGAAACCACACGACUGUUGGCUUUGCAUUAUCCCGAAAAGAUUCCCGAACUCUUAGAUAGCCUAAGGACGGAAGAGAGUCUAUUAUAUGUGUUCCUCAAGUGCCUCAACGAUCGUAGAGCGAAACUGGAUGCCAGCCAUCUGGAGCUUCUGCUGGAACUGCAUUGUAAGCUGGAGACACAGGAGGUGGUCAUGGAGUUCCUGUGCUGCAACAUCCGUCUGCUUCAGGAUAGCCUGGACAGGGCCAUUGCCAUAGUUGAGAGCCAUCACCUAAACCGAGCUGUGAUCUAUCUGUACGAGAUGCAGAAUAGCUAUACGAAAGCGUUUGAAUUGUCCAUGGAUAUGCUGAAGUUGGCCACGGGCCAGGAAGCUGUGGAGGAGGCUAGGGUGAUGCCUUCUCUGCUGGCGAGAUCUGUGCAGGUUUUGCCGCCUGCGGAGCUGGAGCGCUGCUGGUUCGUCCUGUUGCAAUAUGUCCUACCCAAGCAGGAGUUCCAGUCAAUCACCAAGUUCCUGCUGCACGAGGCCUCGCACCACAUUGACCUGCACAACCUGGUCCAGCUGAUCAUGAACACCCACAAUGUGUCCAGCAGCUUUGGCGACAUCAAAGACCUGCUCAUGGGCAUGCUGGAUAGUUCCAGGCAGCAAACGGAGGCUCUGAGAGGCAGUGCCGACAUUCAGUGCCAGGGUCUUCACCUGGAAUUCCAGAAGCAUCAUCGGCAGGCACGUCGUGGCCUCUGGGUGACCACCACCAAGUGCUCGGUGUGCCGACAGCGACUCUAUGAGCAAAGUCAGGUGCUCAUCCUGGGCGGCUGCGGGCAUGGCCUGCACGAGGAGUGCCUGGAGGAUGCGGAAACGACGCUUGAGGAGUGUCCGCGAUGCUUUACGCCGAUGGAGGAGCAGACCCUGACCUUGCCGCGUCCAAACAAAAGCCUGAUCAGCAUUUCCACGUCCUUGGAGAUGGGUGCUUUGCAGCUGAAGGCUCCGCCCAGGCGAUUCUGUUAAUUAUUUCAUUGUAUAUUCCAUUUAUAUUCCUCAGUGUAUUUAUUGUACAACUCUGUGUAUUGUAUUGUAUGUGUAAGUAAAGCAAUUGCAUGAUAA